AUGGAAAACGAGGUGAUCGAAUUCGACAUAGGACUAGGAGGCGGUGGAGAUGAUUCAGUAGCAAUUAUCGACGAUGAAGAGAUGACUGAUGAUUCUCCCACCGCCGCCAUGGUCGGAACCAGCAGUGGGAGUCUCUUCUUCGAUACUUCAACUUACGUUCCUCAACGCGACCUGGAUCUCGAGCCUUUUGAGGGGAUGGAAUUCGAAUCUGAAGAAGCUGCCAAGGGUUUCUAUAACUCAUAUGCUCGUCGUGUAGGGUUCAGCACCCGUGUUAGCUCCUCCCGUAGGUCCAGGAAAGAUGGAGCCAUCAUACAGAGAUCCUUUGUUUGUGCAAAAGAAGGAUUUCGCAACCUAAAUGAGAAACGAACCAAAGAUAGAGAAAUCAAACGACCUAGAACUGUCACCAGAGUAGGUUGCAAAGCAUCAAUGUCUGUGAAGAUUCAGGAUUCAGGGAAAUGGAUUGUGUCAACGUUUGUCAAAGAGCAUAACCAUGAAUUAGUUCCACCAGACCAAGUCCACUGCCUGAGAUCUCAUCGCCAAAUCUCUGGUCCUGCUAAAACUCUGAUUGAUACUCUUCAGGCUGCUGGAAUGGGUCCCCGGAGAAUCAUGUCAGCCUUGAUCAAAGAGUAUGGUGGCAUCAGUAAAGUCGGAUUCACAGAGGUAGAUUGUAGAAACUACAUGAGGAACAACAGGCAAAGAAGUUUAGAAGGAGACAUACAACUUCUCCUUGAUUAUCUCAAGCAAAUGCAAGCAGAAAAUCCAUCAUUCUUCUAUGCUGUCCAGGGGGGUGAAGAACAGUCAACAGCAUUGGAAAGCCGAAAUGAGAAGGAAGUGAAAGCGGAUUAUGACACAAUGAACUCCCUCCCUCUUUUAAGAACUCCAUCUCCCAUGGAAAAACACGCAUCCGAACUCUACACAAGAAAAAUCUUCAUGAGAUUUCAAGAGGAAUUAAUCGGGACACUUACUUUAAUGGCAUCCAAAGUAGAAGACAACGGUGAGGUGACAACAUAUCAAGUUUCAAAAUAUGGUGAAGACAACAAAUCUUACAGUGUCAACUUCAAUGUUCUUGAAAUGAGAGCUACUUGUAGUUGCUGUAUGUUUGAAUUUUCGGGUCUUUUAUGCAGACAUGUUUUGGCUGUUUUUAGAGUGACAAAUGUUCUUACACUUCCUUCAUGUUAUAUUUUGAAAAGAUGGACAAUAAAUGCAAAGAGUAGUGUGAUACUUGAAGAAAGAGGUAAUGAUGCGUUUUCUGGUUAUUUGGAGUCACAUACUGUGAGGUAUAAUACCCUUCGGCAUGAAGCUUUUAAAUUUGUGGAAGAAGGGGCUGAAUCUGUUGAUACUUAUAAUGUGGCCAUGGUUGCUUUGGAAGAGGCUGCAAGGAAAGUUGCCAUGUCAGCAAAAAAUGAAGGAACAGGUUUUAUGGUUAAUGGGCGUAGCAGGGAAGAUUCUAGAAGCAAUGGGACACUGACAAAAAUGGAUAUUGGUAAUCAUUGUGGACAUUUGGAUCAGAAUUUAUCAGAGGAUGAGAUGGAUAGGAAGAUUGAAGAACUUAAGCAAGAGGUGGAUUCAGGUAGGAGAAAGUGUGAAGUUUAUAGGAGCAACUUGGUUUCAGUUUUGAGAGACAUUGAAGACCAUAAACAACAGCUAUCACUUAAGGUCCAGAUCAUAAAGUAUAGUAUGAAAGAUUGCUUUUGA